GGCAUCAAUCAUCCUACAAAAGCAUUUCCUUACAUCAUUGUGCUGUGUUUCUCUUGUCAAACGUCACCAUUCAUCUUAGCAGACUACAAAAAGACAUGGGAAAGACCAAAAACACAUCACUGGAUGCUGUGGUGACAGAUUUCAUUCUCCUGGGCUUGUCUCACCCCCCAAAUCUAAGAAGCCUUCUCUUCCUGGUCUUCCUCCUCGUUUACAUCCUGACUCAGCUGGGGAACCUGCUCAUUCUGCUCACCGUGUGGGCUGACCCAAAGCUCCAUGCUCGCCCCAUGUACAUUCUUCUGGGAGUGCUCUCAUUCCUGGACAUGUGGCUCUCCUCAGUCAUUGUUCCUCGGCUUAUGUUGGAUUUCACUCCUGCCAAUAAGACUGUCCCAUUUGGCGGCUGUGUGGCUCAGCUGUAUUUCUUUCACUUCCUGGGCAGCACCCAGUGCUUUCUCUACACCUUGAUGGCCUAUGACAGAUACCUGGCAAUAUGUCAGCCCCUGCGCUACCCAGUGCUCAUGAAUGGGAGGUUAUGCACAGUCCUUGUGGCUGGAGCUUGGGUUGCCGGCUCCAUCCAUGGGUCUAUCCAGGCCACCCUGACCUUCCGCCUGCCCUACUGUGGGCCCAAUAAGGUGGAUUACUUUAUCUGUGACAUCCCUGCUGUAUUGAGACUGGCCUGUGCUGACACAACUGUCAACGAGCUUGUGACCUUUGUGGACAUCGGGGUAGUGGCCACCAGUUGCUUCGUGUUAAUUCUGCUCUCCUACGCCAACAUAGUCCAUGCCAUCCUGAAGAUACGCACUGCUGAUGGGAGGCACCGGGCCUUCUCCACCUGUGGCUCCCACCUAACCGUGGUCACAGUCUACUAUGUCCCCUGUAUUUUCAUCUACCUUAGGGCUGGCUCCAAGAGUCCCCUGGAUGGGGUAGUGGCUGUGUUUUACACUGUUGUCACUCCAUUACUGAACCCCCUCAUCUACACACUGAGGAACCAGGAAGUGAAGUCUGCUCUGAAGAGGAUAGCAGCAAGUCGAGGGACUGUGAAUGAAAAUAAGUAACUACAUCUGCAUCAUCAUCACUGCUACUGUCUUCAGCUACUGCUGCAUGUGA